AUGCUCGACAGGGGGAGGACAGAGUACACAGCGCAUCUGGAGAGUACUAGGGUGGUCCAGGCGGGGCUCGCCGCUGACGUAGACGGUCUCGGGGCGCAGGAGGCGUGGGACGACGACACCCGGCGCGGGGUGCAGGAGUGGGUGGGCGAUACAGCGUCGGUAUGGAGAUGCUUGAGGAGAAAUCGAUAUGACACCGACAAGGCGCACGCACUGCUCUUAUCAACCCUUUCCACACGGCUCGACAUGGCCCUGCAUAGUCCCCUCCCAGCCAUAUUACCAUACACCGACACGCCCCUCUUCCAUGUCCUGCCCCUUCCACUACACACGGAUAGACAAGGUCGCCCCGUGGCAGUCCUCACCGUGCGCGAGAUAAGGCGGGAUGACGAAGGCCGCUUGGACGAUGUCAAAGAGUGGAUGUGGUGGGCUUUGGAGAUGUGUCGGAGAACCACGAGGGAUUGGUGGGGGGGAGGUAUGUGGGAUGGGAGUACAAACAGCGCUUCAAAGGGGAAGGCGGAGGGACAAGGGGGAGAGGGGUUGGUGUUGGUGGUCGAUGCUGCCGGGGCUGGGUAUCGUAAUCUCGAAGUGGACCUUCUCCCGACGCUUCUCUCUAUUGGACACAACAACUUUCCCGGCCUACUCGAGGCAGUAUACAUUGUCAAUGCUCGUUGGACACACCAGAGCAUGUGGAGUGUCGUUAAACACCUGCUUCCAAAGUCUGCCUUGGAAAGAGUCGACUUUAUAGAUAGCAAGGCCGCAUUGGAGAAGAAAUUCGAGGUGGGGAGGCUACCUCGAGCGCUGGGAGGCGAGAGUGACUACGACUUUGCACCCUCCAACAACCCCAUCUACACCUACUACUCCCAUCACCCCUCCUAUCCCCCUACGAUCCCCUCCGCCAACACCAUCUCUCGCACUUCCUCCGCCACAUCCAUAGCCGACAUCUACUACUCCUCCCGCAACACCCCGCUCAGCAGCCUCGCCCCGUCCCCGCUGAUGAGCAGGCGAAACAGCUCGACAGGCCAUCUGCGCAGGGUGGGCUCGGGUUUUCGGACUGGGUAUGGGGAGAGGCUGAGGAUGACCAAAAGCCGGGACGAGAGGGUGCUGCUUGAGCCAGUGAAGGAGGGGAUAAAGAAGGUGGCCUCGGCGCCUGAUGUUGUUGCUAUCGCCAUGCCCGACGACAACGCGCCUGCAUCACGUCAUCUUCCUGUCUUUGACUCUUCUACAACCACCAGCGCCGCUCCAUCCCCACCUCAGGAAAAGCACUAUCCCCAUACCCAGUCAAGCAGUGCAUUACAGAGGAUAAAGUCCAUCUCGGACUUUCAUCUCUACCUCUCUCCUUCAAGGCUGGCAAAUAUCGAUCUGUUGUCGGAUUCUGAUCCGGAGGAUGAUCAUCCGCCGCCUCCUCCUGUGCCGCUUACGCGGAGGAGAAAGUUUCUCCGUCCGGCAUUAUUGGAUCAAGACCUCAUCCCGCCUUCGGGACAAGUGCCGCAGCCGCAGAAGAGACCAUCCCUCCAGAUCAGUGGUGUACCGAGGCAUAUGCAGGAUCUCGCGGCGGAUGCAGGCAGGACGUAUUCGGGCAUGUUGCAGGAGCAUCACGCAAAGUGGCUGAAAGAGUGGACUGGGACGAAAGAAGAGUUGGGGUUGAAGGAUAGGGAAAAGCAGAUAGAAAAGCCAGAGGAUCCCGAAGAAACGGAAGAGCCGGUGAAGACGAUAUCCGUAUCCCCGCCUGCCGGACAGCGCCCCGCAUCCCCAGUCAUGCUAGAACCACCUUCCCUCCCCACACCCCUUCCCUCACCCCCAACAACCUCCUUCUCUAUCAAACCUUACUCGUCCUCAAACCCCUUCUUUGGCUACCCCGUCGUUCAAUCCGGCAACUCCAUCCACCCCCGCUAUCCCCGGCGAAAGAGGGAUCUCGCAAAAACGCUCUUGUUCUUGUUGAUGCUCAAGCUGCAGAGCUGGAGGGAUGCUCUAGAGAGAUCGUUGGGGUUGAAUAAACUGCAUAUGCCUGGCAUCUUUCGACGGCCUUCGGCAGUCAGACGCGGAGUGGGUCCGUCUGAAGGACUCGUCAGGUCUAUGAUGGGCGGCAGUUUGAACGGCAACGGUCAAGGAAAGGGUGGCAGACAAGUGGGAAAGAUAGGGAGUUGGGAUAAAGACUGGUGGUGGAUGAUUAUCGGGGUGUUGCUUUUGAGGGGAACGUGGGGAAGGUUGAUGUUGGCGCCGUUGGAGGCUUUGGGGUUUGGCACCGGGGAGUGGCGGGGUACUUUUGGAGCAGGAGGCUGA